UGGUCUACUCGUUAGUCUAUAUAUGUGAGAAUUUAGGGAGUAUAGGAAUAUUAGGAGUUCGAGAUGAUAGAAGAAAUCAACAACUUCAUCAUGGUUUGGACCGUAGCCACAACAUUGUUUUGGUAUAGCUACAGAAUUGGGAAGGUAAUUCCCAAAGGCAGAAAACGACUUGUAUCCCUUUUUCCACCCAUACUCAUCCUUCUCCUUCUCCCUGUAAGGCUCACCUCUGUCCAUCUUGGAAGCAUUUCUUCAUUCUUCCUUGCUUGGCUUUCCGCUUUCAAACUCCUUCUCUUCGCUUUUGCCAAAGGUCCCCUCGCAUCAAAUCCUCCUCUUUCUCUCCCUCACUUUGUACUCCUAGCCUCCCUUCCUAUCAAAUUCCAACACAACAACCAUACAAAUAAAAAUCAAAUUAAAGUUGCGCCUCUAAAUUGGCGCGAGUUAGUAGUCAUGUCCAUUCUCUUGUAUUUUUUUAUUCCUAGCUAUGAGAAGAGAGAAAGUUUUCAUCCAUUAAUUUUGAUGUCCUUAUACGGUCUUCAUUUGUACACUGGAUUGGAAAUAUUUCUUACCGUUAUUACUAAAAUCGCUCGUAAAGUUGUACAAGUAGAGUUGGAGCAACCUUUCAACAAACCCUAUCUAAGCACAUCUGUGCAAGACUUCUGGGGAAGAAGGUGGAACAUUAUGGUCACACGUAUCCUACACCCUUCCAUAUACGAACCAGUGAUGAAGGCAGCUAGCCAUGUCAUAGGAAGAAAAUGGGCCCCAAUCCCUGCUGUAAUGGUGACAUUUACUGUGUCAGGGUUGAUGCAUGAUUUGAUCUUCUAUCACAUGAAGAGGGAGAAGGCCACAUGGGAAGCUUGGGAACCAUGUUGGGAUUCAAUGUGUUUCUUUUUCAUCCAUGGGGUGUGUGUGGCUCUUGAAAUUGCAUACAAGAAGAUCUUCAAACCAAAACACCAGUUAUUACCAAGGGUUGUGUCUUGUACCCUCACAAUGGCCUUCGUUGUGUCUACUGCGUUAUACUUCUUUGUUCCAGCUCUUGUUAGGUCUGGUGUAACAUUCAAACAAAAUAUCUAGAGUUUCUAUUGUACUUUAUUUUUAUUUUUAUAUUGUAAGUUUAAGAUUUGUGGGUUCAAAAUUUGUCCGUUUCUAAGAUCCGGUGUUGAGCCACGGUGGUGUUGUCUAUGUUCACUCUCAUCUUGAUGUUUGCACAUGCAGCAAGGUUCAACUUCAAGAUAGUAAUCACAGUUAAUGGUACAGGCAUAAUGCAUUAAUGAUUGCAUUGU